AUGCUGUCACACUCGAAAGAAAUCGUAAUUUUGCUCACCUGUUCGGCAUUUUAUCUGAUCGCUGCUUUCGAGGAGUUUUCAGACAUCAACGAGAUUGACGAGUUGCAAGGCGUUAAUCGACCAAGUCCUUAUCGAAUUCCAGGCACAAAAUGGUGUGGCGUUGGAUCAAUUGCUAAACAUUACCAUCAACUUGGGCGCUUUCAUGAGGUUGACAAGUGUUGUCGAGAUCACGAUUUUUGUGAUAGCAUGGAUAGAGGUCAAGCUAAAAAUGGAUUGAAAAAUACUUUUAUGAUCGCAAAACUGCAUUGCAAGUGUGACAAAGAGUUCAGAGAUUGUUUGCAACGGAUAAAUACAAAGUUGGCAAAUACCAUUGGGCGUCUUUAUUUCUCCAUUCAAGAUAAGUGUUAUCGGGAAGCUCAUCCUAUCAUGAGUUGUCAGAAGAAAACUAAAAGUUGGGCACGUUCUAGAUGCACCAAAUACCAAAUGGACGACUCGCAGCCCGUUCGAUAUCAAUGGUUCGAUCUGCCCUUCUACUUCGAGCCAGCUGAAUGUGAUGCCUUCAAGGAAUGA